GGCUGUGGGUGGGGCUGGGUGGGCCUGGCAGGCACUGACCAUGGCUGGGAAGUCCCAGCUGUUGGUCACUCGCUCGGGCCACUCUGGAGGCCCGAUGGCCAGGGCCCGGCUCUGAGGGCCCCACGGGCCAGCUUCUCAGGUGGCUGCGUUCUUCCUGGGCCAAGGCUGCGUGCUCAGCAGGUGUGCCCAGGGCUGGGAUCAGGCCCAGAGCAGGAGGUGCCGAACAUGGUAUGGGCUCAGCUGGUCGGGGAAGGCUUCUCACGGGAGGAGCCAUUUCUGCUGAGCCUUCAAUGAGUUGACAACUGAAGAAGAAGGGGCCGAGCUCACUGUAGGCAGAGUGCAAAGGUGUGGAGGAGAGUCCCCCUCUCAACAGGAAAACCCAAGUGCUGUUGGGGAGGUUGGUCGACGACCGCUCUAACUGCUAGGCAAGAUUCUUAUGACUGAUCCUAGGAGGCAGCAUCGAGGGGGCCUGGAAAGGAGAGCGGCUCGGAGGCUGUGAUCAGGUGAAGGUGGAUUGCAGGCUGUGCUCUGGGGUGAGAGGGGUAGAUGGACAGAGGCUGCCAGGCCAGUGCAGGAGGGCCACAUCAUCACAGGGACAAUGCCGAGUGCCCACUGAGCGGAUAGAUGGUGACGGCAGGUGGUGCGAGGCAUCUGAACCCCGAGGUCCUGAAAUCCAGGGGUGGAUGCGGCGUGUGCCGAACCGAACCGUUCUCUUCACGACACCCCUGCCUGGCUGGGCGCCAGCCCCCAUGCCAAGCACGGAGGGGCACCAGGGAAAGAGAGGGGAAUGGAGGCUGGGACAGAUGGCGCCCUAAAGUGUGUGGGUCACGUCCGAAUCAGGCAGCGUCCCUGAACCCUGGCGCUGGGGGAAGUCGACAACCUGUGGCCAGGGCGGGGCUGAUAAGCCCCAUCAAUCACCUGGCUGCCUCUCCCACCCGGCCUCCAUCCAGCUGCUUAGAAGGAAGCUCUCCUGCUGCCAAGAUGCCAUCGCCACAGACAGAGACUCCUGGGCUGGAGCUGCAAAGUCCCAAGGAGGCUGAGGAGUCGCAGACUCCAGCUCAGGGCUCCCGGCGAACAAGCAGCAGGAAAGAGCCCAAUGCCCACUGCAAGGAUGGCACAAGACUGGGCCUGGGCACCUUGAGGCAGGCCUUCUCCCGGGCCAGCCAACGGGCUUUGACCCAGGUCUCCAAGGAGGAUACGGGCCUGUUCCGGCAAAGCUCCUGCUCCCUGUUCCGGUCCUUCCGGCAAGCCCUGGAUGAGGGCCCAGCUGCCGGCCAUUUCCAGGCCACUCCUGAGGUGCCCUCGAGGGUCAUGAAUGGUGUCAGCCAGCAGGCAUCCACUGGGGCAGCAUCUGAGGAACUGAAACCUGAGGCAGAAGGCAAAUCCGUGGCCGACCUCAUUACUGAACGGCAACUGCUGGCGGCCUUCGAACAGCUUCUGCGCCUGGAGACACGGCUGGUGGCGGAGAAGGCCUCACGCACCUUUGAGCAGGACCCUACGGCCUUCGCGCGGCGCGCCAUGGACGUGUGCCUGCAUUACGACGGGCUGGCAGCCGAGCUCAGCGCCAUCGUGGGCGAAACGCUGGGCAGCGACGGCGUGGACGCGGCCGUGCUGGCCGAGGUGGCCCGCGUGGUGAACGCAGAGGAGGAGGCCCACCCCUCGCCCCCCGACGACGGCGACUUCCUGCGCACGCCGCGCCACUGGCGCCAGCACUGGGAGGAGGCGGUGCGGCGGAGCGCCCAGGAGCGCGUGCGGCGGCCGGGCGCGGGGUGUUCCUCUGCGGCGGCGGAGGGCGCCUCGGGUCUGGCCCAGCUUCUGGCAGAGCUGGGCGUAUUGGUUCGCCGCGAUCUGCAGAAGGUGCGGCAGGAGGUGCAGCCCGCUUACGCGGCGGCCGGCUUUCCGGCGUGGGAAGUCUAUCUUCGCGCCUUCCACAGCGCGGUGGCCCAGCGCCUCCAGGAACUCGCGCACGACGCCCGCGGCUGCGAGCAGCUGUAUGUCCUGCUGGACUGGGCCGCCAACGUCUACGGCAGUCCUGACUUCCUGGGCCCCCCGGGCCUGACGCUGCCCGCCGAGCCCCUGCCCCCGCUCCUGGCGCCCGACGUGUGGGCCCGACUGGAGAGCGACUACACCAGCUUCCUGGAGGCCAAGAUCACAAGCUGCUUCGACAACAUCUUGCAGCUGGAGCAGAGUCACUGGGCAGCCGCCAAGGACCCCGAGGUGCUGCAGGGCCUUUACCGGGCGCCGCUCUCCAUGGACGUCCACAUGCUCGUGGCUGAGCACGUGAAGGCGGCCGGCGCCAUCUCCGCGGAGCUGGAGGCCACCACCCUGCGAAUCUGCACGCGGGCGCUCGGCCUCUUCGUGCCCAGGUUUGAAAAGGCUUUUCUGGCGUCAGAGGCGGUGAGCGAGCCCCACCUGUGCGCCUACAUCAACGCCUGCGAGGAGCUCAGGACCAGUAUUCUCUCUAGGUUCCCAGGAACUCAAGAGGAGCUGGAGAAGCCCCUGGUGGCGGCCACCUGCAGCUUCCAGAAGCACCUGCUUCAGGGCUUGCAGCGUGAGUUGCAGCCGCUUUUCAGGGUUGUGUGCACCAGGGACUGGCUGACGCAGGACUGGCUGCGUCCCCUCAUGGACAAGGUAGUGAGGUUCACCGGGCAUCUCCAGCGUGUGGCCCAGCCACGGGCACAGGAGACUCUGCAGGAGGUGCACCGGUUUGUGGUCCGUGAGUACCUGGCACAGGCGCUGAGGCCACGGAAGCGGUUCUGGGCCAUGGAGCGCAUGCGUGGCUCCCAGAAGAUGAGCCUGGAUGCCCAGGCCAUCAGCGACACCUUCCAGGGCCUGGGUUCCGAGGCCACAUGGUUGGACCAAGCCAUCCAGUGCGUGGCCGAGAUCCUGGGCGAGACUUACAAAGACGACAUCCAGCGGCACCUGGAGACUCUCAUCCGGAGCUACCCCGACAUCCGGCGGGACCACAUACUGGCCAUUCUGGCGCUGCGCCGACUGGGCUGCCGGCGGAACCAGCGUCUCUUGCAGCACACCCAAGACCUGCUGAGAGCUGCAGCUGGGGUGGUGGGUGCGGAGGCCCCCCGGGGCCGUGUGCUCUUUGAGGAGAUCAAGGUGCCUAGUGCCAUGGCUGUGCGGAUCACCUGUAUCUAGUUCUCUCUGGCUCGAGAGCGGGCCGGCCGCCGGCAGGGGGCUGUGGUCAGUGGGGGUCAGCCAGGAGCCCAGGGAGUCACUCUGGGCCCUGCCCCCAACUCUGACACUGCAGUUAGGGAAUUUUCGUCGUCAGCAGCCAAGCACAGCUGUCUGGCCAGAAGGAGCAGCCGUGCAGAAGGCAUUUCAGGCGUUGGUCGGGAGUGUUUUGGGGCCACAGAGCUCUCAGUGCUGCCUGUCAUGGGGAGCCUCCCGCCCGACUGUCCGGCUUCACCCUCCAGUCUGAAAGUGAAGAGCAGAGUAUUUAUUUAAAAAAUAAAUGUGAAUUAAAA